UUUCUUUGGUAAAAGUAACCCAAUCAGUGUAUAGAGUCCACAAACGAUGAUAUAUAUAUAUAUAUAUAUAUAUAUAUAAAAUAAAAGUAUUGGGACACCCCUCCAAAUCAUUGGAUUCAGGUGUUCCAAUCACCUCCAUGGCCACAGGCAUGCUGACUGCUUCUACAAACAUUUGUGAAAGAAUGGGUCACUCUCAGGAGCUCAGUGAAUUCAAGCGUGGUACCGUGAUAGGUUGCCACCUGUGCAAUAAGUCCAUCUGUGAAAUUUCCUUGCUACUAAAUAUUCCAUGGUCAACGGUUAGUGGUAUUAUAACAAAGUGGAAGCAACUGGGAACAACAGCAACUCAGCCACAAAGUGGUAGGCCACGUGAAAUGACAGAGCGGAGUCAUCGCAUGCUGAAGCUCACAGUGUGCAGAAGUCUCCAGCUGUCUGCAGAGUCAAUAGCUAAAGACCUCCAAAGUUCAUGUGGCCUUCAGAUUAGCACAACAGUGCGUAGAGAACUUCAUGGAAUGGGUUUCCAUGGCCGAGCAGCUGUAUCCAAGUCUUAGAUCACCAAGUGCAAUGCAAAGCAUCAGAUGCAGUGGUGUAAAGCAUGCCACCACUGAACUCUAGAACAGUGGAGACGUGUUUUCUGGUGUGACGAAUCGCGCUUCUCUGUUUGGCAAUCCGAUGGACGUGUCUGGGUUUGGCGGUUGCCAGGAGAAUGGUACUUGCCUGACU